CUACCUGAGGCAGGCAACCUUCCUAGCAGGGAGAUGGCAUACCCAUACAUGAGGAAAGUAGGCACUGGCCUGACUGGUAUGAUGAAAGUGGAUCACCCUCAAAAGAGGUUAACAAUAAUAUAUGAUAAACUUUUACAAACUCUCGUCAAACUUCCAGCACAAAGUGUGUAUCGCCAGCAUACUGAACCAAUGUACCGUCAAAAGCUCGCCCUUGUAAAAUCAAUAGAGGAUGUUAAAGAGUUGGAAGCAAAGUUGGGAGAUACUCAUGUUGAGGAGUCUCUGCUUUCUGCAGAAAGAGAGCUUAUGUUAUCUAGGAAUAUGUUAAAGUGGAAACCAUGGGAACCAUUAGUAGGAGAGGCACCAAAGAAUCAGUGGACUUGGCCACCCAACUAAAAAACUGAAAUGCCUUUUUUAAUGUUAAAUUAGAUUUGCAUUGUUCCACAUCUGUUAGAAAUAAAUAAUAAAAUGAUACACUACAGAA